GGCAGCAGCUGUGAGGCGUGCUGGCUGCAAUCGUUGGUGCCCGGCCGGUAGGAUGGCGCCGGGCCGACGCGGUCACAGCACCGACAGCGGACGGCCACGCAGGAUUGCAUUGUCUCCCGACAUUUCUCCUCAGGGGCGGGGGCUGGGAGUGGCCGGUCUUUCUGCUUCGUCUGCGUUGCUCCCGCCCCCGCACCACCGAGAUGCGGGCCUCCGUCGUCCUAGCCCUGCCGCCCUCUUCCCGAGUGGAUGCUAGAGCGUCUCCUCGUCGCUUCCUGUCGCCCGCGCCGGGGCGGGAAGGGGGCGUUGCGCGAUCGCGGAAGGAACUCGCUCGCUGGGUGGCUUGUAGGUACCGGAAGUGUUGGGAGGGAGAACGGAAGUGAGGGGGCGGAGCCAGGAAGUGAGGCGGGGCGGGGGUUUAUGAGGAGGCCCGGAGAGCGUUGGGGGCAGAUUUGCACUCAGGGCCACCUGAGGGGCUGGGCGUCAGCGCUCCCCUGUGUUCUCUCCCGUGGCGGAGACACGCUUGUCGUCUGGGCGAAGGGACCUGUGUGGAGGGUGGGUUGUCGGGAGGACAGUUCUCUACCUGCGCCUGAGGCGAGGUGUGGAGAGGCAGGGCUGGGGGUGGGGCCGGGUCGUCAGGGCGUCUGAGAGGGAAGACCCCCCGGCCCCCUACCUUUUACCCUGGCUGAGUGGACACUAAGAUGGCUGCCGUUGCCAUGGCACCCAACCCCGUGCAGACCCUGCAGGAGGAGGCGGUGUGCGCCAUCUGCCUGGAUUACUUCACGGACCCCGUGUCCAUCGGCUGCGGGCACAACUUCUGCCGCGUGUGUGUGACCCAGCUGUGGGGAGGGGAGGAUGAGGAGGACCGGGACGAGUUAGACCGGGAGGAGGAGGAGGAGAACGGAGGGGACGAGGAGGAAGUGGAGGCUGUGGGGGCCGGCGGGGGCUGGGACACCCCCAUGAGGGAUGAUGACUACGAGGGCGACUUGGAGGAAGAGGUCGAGGAGGAGGAGGAAGGAGUGUUCUGGACCGGGGGCCUGGGCGGGUCCGACUGGGACAACAUGGACUACGUGUGGGAGGAGGAGGAGGAGGAGGUCCUGGACUACUACUUGGACAUGGAGGAGGACCUGGGGGUGGAGGACGAGGAGGACGAGGAGGAGGUGCUGGAGGAGGAAGAGGAGCUGGACCCCGUCACGUCGCUGCCCCCGGCGCCCCCGCGGCGCUGCUUCACCUGCCCCCAGUGCCGGAAGAGCUUCCCGCGGAGGAGCUUCCGCCCCAACCUGCAGCUGGCCAACAUGGUCCAGGUGAUCCGCCAGAUGCACCCCGCGCCGGGCCGCGGCGGCCGCGGGGGCGAGCAGGGCGUCUGCCCCAAACACCAGGAGGCCCUGAAGCUCUUCUGCGAGGUGGACGAGGAGGCCAUCUGCGUGGUGUGCCGGGAGUCCAGGAGCCACAAGCAGCACAGCGUGGUGCCGCUGGAGGAGGUGGUGCAGGAGUACAAGGACUAAAAGUUAAUAUUUACUGAACAUACACUGUGCACUCCAGGCCCUAUACUAAGCACUUUUCAUGGACUGGCUCAUUGAAAACUCAAAACAACCCUGUGAGUUUGAUAUGGUUUCUAUUCCCAUUUUACAGAUCGGGAAACAGUCAGAGAGAUUUAAGUAAUAUACACAGGGCCACACAGCUGCUAGUAAGUGAUGGCCUUGGUUAUGACCUACUCCCCUGCCCCUACCCCCUUCCCCCCACCCCCGCACCCCGGCCUACCCUGUUAACGAGGUCACUACUAUUUGGAUAUCGGUUUGUUUGACUUUUCUGACAUACAGCUUCAUCUUGGAGUUUGAUUGUAUUUUGCUUAAUAUCUUGCCCCCUACUUUUGGUCCUGACUCUUUUUGGACAUCGGUAAAGGCGAUUUGGCCGUGGGACAGCCGGCACAGAUAGCACUGCUUAGAGGAGGCCUGGGUGUGACCGGGAAGAGGAGCAGGUAGCUUCUAUGUGAUUGGCACAGAGCUUUCUCGUUUUAUGACUUGUGUUUUCAUAUCUCCUGAUUCCUAGGGUAACCUCGUUUAGGUAUUAUCAUUGCCCCGAUUUUAGAAUAAUGAGCCUAGAGCUUCUCAGCUACGUGGUCCAGCUACGACAAACCAAUAUCCCUGCGUGACAGGUUAACCGUUCCUUCCCCACAGUGAUGGUCAAGCCUGGCUGAUGGGCCACGUUACUAGUGGAGGUUUUCAGAAUAGAAUGGACUUUACCACUAGAGAUUCUGAAUCUGUGAUGGGAGAGUAUCUUCAGGAAGCCCAGCCUGUGGUGGGACUCACUGCGUUAGUAAUGGCACCUGCCUUGUAGGCCGUGCAGUCUUCGGGGAAGUUGCCAGCUCCUUUUGUUCUUCCUUUUUAUAUCCCCUCAGUUCCUAGUUAAUUCUCCCAUCAAACAAUGUGCAGCCAGCUUUGUUCGCUGGAUCCCAGGGUGGAAUAUCCAUGAGCAUCCCACCCCUUUUUCACACUCCCCUGGCAGGACUUCUGAAGAGUUUCUGAAACUGGAUUUUAAUUUGUGUUAACCACGUCUAUUGAAUUCCACUCCAGUAGGCUCUGCCAUGUGGGGAGGUCACAUAGACCCAAAUAAUCUUACAGUAACUGACCAGCAAAUGUCAAUACAUGAGUUUUAUUAUAUAGAACUAAUUUGAGUGAUUCCCUUUCUAAGUUAUAGGCUGUUUUGCAGACAAGGAGUUUGUUUUGUUUAGAUACGUACACUGACUAGCACUAGCUUGGCGCUGUGUUGUUUUGUAGAAAUAUUUCUUUAUUGAGUAGGUUGUAAUAUACAAAUGCUGUAUAAAUAAAGCUCCAGAAAAGUUAAAGGUCCUUGAAGAUUUUUUUUACAUAGUACUCUAUUUGGAUUUCUGCUUAUGAAUUUUUUGUCAACAAUUUAGGAAAAAUAUUAAGUGGAAAAUUUAAGCAUCAUAAAUUCUGUAUUAAUAGAGUUGAAAUUAUUGACACUACUGGAGAAAAGUGGAAAGUGAUAUCAAAAGGCAAAAUUUUGUGUAGUUUCUGCUGUUUUCAUGUUAUGGGUCGAUUGUAAUCUUAUUACAUAAUUUUUGUCUGCAACCACUUACCUGUGCAACUAUGGCUUUUUGGCCUGGCUGGCAUGGCUCAGUGGUUGAGCAUCAACCUGUGAACUAGGAGGUCACAGUUCAAUUCCCGGUCAGGGCACAUGCCCAGGUUUCGAGCUCUAUCCCCAGUGGAGUGUGCAGGAGGCAGCUGAUCCAUGAUUCUCAUCAUUGAUGUUUCUAUCUCUGUUUCCCUCUCCCUCUCUGAAAUCAAUAAAAGUAUAUUAAAAAAAAAACAAAAAACCAACAAGAACGGCCUUUUGUACCCUGAGUCAGUAACGUCUGUAGUUCAAGGGUCAUUGUCAGGUUUUUAUUGGCAGCUUAAGGCCUAUGUAGGGAAUACUAGGUAACAUUUACUGACCUGUUGCUAUAUACCAGACACUGUGCUAAGCAUACUACCCAAGGGGUAGGUUCUGUUAUUCCCAAUUCCCAUUUUAAGAUGAGGAAACUGGAAUCAUGGCUUGCUUCAGGACACUUGGCUGCAUUUAGGAUCAGAUUGGAGUCUAGGCUUGAGCUUUUCUGCCCUGUGUUACCCCUCAAGGAAAAGGAGGGAUAAAUGCAGAAGACAUAAAAAAGGAAAUAAAUAGUUUGGGCUAAUCUCACCCAUUUUGGUCUCUCUAUCAGCACUUUAAAGAAAAAGACUGCUACAAAUGAUUGGAACACAGAGCUGAAGUGCAUGUUUGUUGUGAAGGUUCAGUGUUUAGGAGGAGAGGGCUUUUGUUUUUCAUUCAGCAAGUGAUUGAGUGGGAGAAAGCAGAUGGACCGGGAGAAACAGGAAUGAAAGUGGCCACCCUGUCCCUAAGAGCCCCUCUGACCUGGGGAAGGCAGGUACACUUGUAAUGAUUACAGUGCCUGGGAAGUAUUACCAUCCAGAAAAAGACGAGAGAUGGCCCAAACUAAGAGACUGCAGAAGGGUAGGUACAGGAGGGGAGGCUAGAAAUGCAGGGGCAGUUAGAGCCUCAUAUUUUGCAAGUGGUGGUGAACAACUGAUGGAUUUUUGUCACGUGAAAAUAAUCAGAAAAGUACUUAGAGAUGAAAGUUAUGAGGAAGAUUGCUUAUGAGGGGACAGGACCACAGGCAGGAACAUUCAUAUGGGCGGACUUUGUGUGGUGAGGUGCUCAACCAGGCACACUCCACCUGCGAGUGGGGCUCUCCAGUCAGGAUCCUACCUUUAGGAAACGCACCCAGGGCUGUGGACAUGAGUGCAGGUGGAGGGUUGGAGCCUUUGCCAUCAUCGGAAGAGAAGGAAGAGGAGGAUGGGAGUAUGAUGCUCAUUUGGUAACUGUGAUGGGGAUCAGGCUUUGAGGCCCAACCCACUGCAGGGAGGAUGGGGAAGAGCAGAUGCUUCUCCCCGCCCAGGCCAUUAGCCUUCCUCUUGCUGUUC